AUGGAUGGUGACGGGCUUCCCAGUAUUUGCGAGCAGUGUCUUGCAGCAGGCGACAUUCGCAUGACUCGGGUACCUCAUGGUGCGGAAUGUAAAGUUUGCACGCAGCCGUUCACGUUGUACCAUUUCAAAGUGGGUGGGCAGCGAAGACCUACGAAGACGUUGGUAUGCCGUGGGUGUGCGGAGCAGCGGAACAUGUGCCAGUGUUGUAUGCUGGAUCUGACGUGGCAUGUGCCGAUGCAACUGCGUGAUGAAAUUGUGUCCUUGGUGCAAGGCACGGAUGAGUCUACUGUGGAAGGGUCGAACGACAUGGUCAAGCGGUUUCUAGCGUUGAAGAAGGGGAAGCUUGGCGGAGCGCAGUUCACUGGUGAUUCGGGGAAACUUGGCGAGCUAAUUUCGAGGCUGCGUGAGGUUGUUGGGAGCCCAGCUUCUGCAAAACAGCUGACGACGACGGGGACGACGACGGGGACGACGCCGGCGGCGGCCGGCGUGAUGGACACAGAAGGAAAGUUGCCGUUUGCUGGUGGUCUCGCCACCGCUGAUACACGUUCGUUUUUCAUCUACGGAAUAGAUCCUAGCCUGGCCGAAUGGGAGAUUGCGGACGCCAUCUCUCAGCUGGUACAUACAACGGACUGGCAAGAUCGUAGCACCGUCGCAAUCGUAGUGCGCCAUGAGGCCCGAUGCGGAGGCGUGCGCUUUAAGAAUGAGGACCUGGCUCGCUCCUUUGUAACUGUUCUUGACAAAUUCCAAUCACAGAGUGCCUUGCAGAGGGGUGUGUUUCGCAUUCGCCACUUUAGGAUGCAUGUAGUCGAUUGGCCUAACUUUAAUGUCGCCGCGCUCGGAACCAAGACUAAACAAUGGCUGCAGAUAGCCAGAAUCGUAAACACAAUUAUGCAAGCAGACAUCGUCGCCAGCACCAAAGACGUUAGUGGACCAUCUGAGGCUGCUGGCUCGAGCGGCAAGGUGAUCAAGAGACGCAAACCCCCUAAAAAGAUUAAAAAAAGUAAAAGGCUGGCUGGUUUGGAACUCUGA